AUGGGAGGUUGCUGUUGUUCUUCCAGAAGGCCGCCAUUUCAUGGAACUCCCGUGUAUUAUUACUUCCCCCCUUCAGAAGAGCAGGAGUCUCUAACGUCUCACGAUGGGGUUGCAACCGUGCUUUCUUCCGGACUAUUAAUCGAUUUAAAUCUUAAUAUGUCGAUACCCGACACUUACCGAUCACCACCUGCACCAAUCCCCUAUGAUGUGGUCUUGGGCCAGCCUCAAUCCACGGGCUCCGAGCCUUGUGGUAGUUUUGAGAAGCCCAAUUUUGUGGGCCCAAAUGACGAAAAUCACCAUUUGCUCUCUCCAAGGAAGAUUGAUAUUGGGCUUGUUAAGCUCAACACUUUCAAUGUUGCAGCAGAAAACGAUGAGGAUUGUUGUCCUACUUGUCUUGAAGAAUAUGAUGCUGAAAAUCCUAAAAUCAUGACAAAAUGCAAGCAUAACUUCCAUCUCUCUUGCAUCCUUGAGUGGAUGGAAAGAAGUGAAACUUGUCCCAUCUGUGAUCAGGAAAUGAUAUAUGAAAUUCUCUGA